UUUUCUUUAUUUUCUAAACGCGCUUAGCUAUCUUCUGCCUCUCCGUCUCUAUCUCUAGGUCGAGAUUUUUUUAGGGUUUAUCUCCGUCUCUAUCUCUAGGUCGAUAUUCUUGUUUUGGUUUGCUUGAAUCUGAAGCUAACCUUGGGUUAAUUGAGUUUUGAAUCGAUUGCAUCGCCUUUGACCUUUAUCCUCCGAUUGGAUCUGAGAAAAUAUGUCGCGCGUUCUCACUUGCCCACCGCUUGUGUUUGCAAGGAACCAAGCGAGCGUUCAUAACUUGGUCGAAUCGACUAAGCAUGAAAGAAUCACACUUGAUUCGAAAAAGGCGCACCGGAUAGAGAAGAAGGAGAAGAGAAUAGAAAAGAUAGGAACUAAGCUCCCGAAAUCACAUAAACAUUCAAUUAAAGCUGCUGAUAAUCAUCACAAGCUAGUAUUUCUUCCCUCCAAGAAAGUCUCAGAUGAGUCUGACCAACAUGAGAAGAGUGGUUUGACAGAGGAGCACGAGGAACCUCAAAACCAUCUUGGAUAUUUGUCUGAUGGAAGUCAGAAUAGUAAGAAGAGGAAUAGAGACAACUCUCCUCCGGCCUUUGACAGUCUCAUCAAAGCUUCUCCUGUAGCGGGUAAACCUCUACGGAUUCGGUUGAUCUUCAAAAAACCAAAAGAGGAAGUUCCUGUACUGCCUAGAGAGGGUCUUGUUUGCUCCACUACAGUUGCAAAGACUCUCAGUCACCAGGAUGUCAUAACAAGUUCUAUAUCAGCAUCUGAGCUUGAAGAGAAUCUGCUGUCAACUUCUGUAGCAGCGGCAAUAGAUGAAACAAAGAAGAGAAAGAAACACAGACCUAGCAAAGAAGAUCAAUACAAUGCAUUGUUUGAUGGUUGGACUCCGUCUUCCAUUUGUUUUGCUGAUUCUUCUUCAAAUGACAAUGGUGAUGAUUGGCUAUUUGGGAACAAGACGCAAGAGAUGCUUAAGCCCAAAGCAGCAGUCAAGAUUGCCGAUGACAUGAUGAUGAAACCAGGAGAUUCAUCUUGGCCUAGAGCUCAAUUUUUGUCUGAAGUUGGGAUCUAUUCUUUACCGUACACCGUCCCGUUCUAAUUGCUCGAUUCUUUUUGUUCUAGCUUUAGGCUUAAGCUUGUACAGUGUUUGACUGUUUGUAACAACAAUUCUAAUCUAACCCAAUUUUGAUGUGUCAAA